AUGAAUCAGUGUGGGGACAGAGAGGAGGGAGCCGCUUCCUCUAAAACCAGUCUGUGGGGAGAACAUGAAGGCCAAACCACAGCUCAGAGGUAAGAUCAGGAUCUCAGUCUAUGACUCUUCAGCACUCACAGCACUACAUUAUCCACACUAAGACCUUUGUUUGUUCAUCUGUGCCAAAGACAACGGCAACAGUAUCCACCAGACUUUGCUGGACCUGAAACUCGGCCUGAGCCUGGAUCUCAAGCAGGACCUGGGAGACGGUUGUCUGUGAAGACACUACAGUUGAUGUUUGAUUCCUUUCAGUUUAAACAUGAACAACAGUCCACAGCUGACAUGUAAGAAAACAAAAAGUUUGUUUGCUGUCCUCAAACUCUCCUUAAUAGUCUUAAAAGAGUUAAAAGCCUCUAAACAACUAUUAAAUCACAAUAUUCUUCAACAUGAAGGGGGCUCUUUAACUUUUUCAGUUUUUGUUAUCCUUUUAGUGGUAAACAUCAGAUAAAAGAAUCUGCCAGACCUGGACCUGGACCUGGUUCCAUCUAUGUGCCCCCUAAGAGUGACCAGUCUGUGACACAAUCUCUUAAAAGUGGGCUCGUGCUCGACUAUGAUGAGUAAUAAUCUGUGUUUUUAUCAUUCUAAAUGUAUAUAAAAAGGUUAAAGUAAGUAGUAAAUUUCAAGACAUUGUCAUGUGGAUAGGUUACAAUGUUCUUGUAUAUCAAUCUGUGUUUUAUUUUUCCGUCAGUGUCCAAUCUAAGAGAUCAUACUCUCCUGAAUCUGUACCUAGCUUUGUGUCCCUAAAGAGUGACUGGUCUAUGAGGCGCCCUCUUGCAUUUAAAAGUGGACAUCAGAUCGACCUGGAUAAGUAAUAAUAUGUGUUUUAAUUAUGAUAACUGUAUUAAAAAGGUUAUAGUAAAUUUCAUGACACUGUCACCUGAAUGAUUUUCAGUGUUCAUGUUUAUUAAUCAGUGUACAUUGUUUCUUGCAGGGCCAAAUCCAAGAGAUCAUAUUCUACUGAAUCAUUGCACAGCCGUUUAUCCCUAAACAGUGACUGGUCUAUGAGGCGACCUCUUGCAUUCACAGAUGAGAGGAUUUCUCAUCAUUUAAGGUAAAAAAUGAGAAAUUUUAAUGACUCUUUUUGUGAAACUUUACAAAUUCACCUCACUUUUUGUUAGUGUACUAUCUAUGAAGGUGAAGAUUUUUCAGUGUUUUUGUGUUUGUCUGGGUCUAACAGCACUAAACAGUAUUUGACCCUAGAAAAUCUCCUCAUUAUGCAUCGUCAUGUUUGUAGGAGGACCCAGCAGUGUUUUUGUUUUGCUACCAGGAAAAACUAGAUAGAAUCUAUCACGUGUAACACUGAGUGUCAUACAAUUACAUAUACUAUACACUUUUUUCCCCCAGAGUCCAGCAGAAGAGAUCAGAGGCUCUCAAAGGCCAGCCUGCUCAGCAUCACCAGACACAGCUGGACUCCAUAUUUAUAGUGAGUAAAUGUACAAAAACAGCUGUUAUUGAUAAUGUAUGACACAUUGCACUUAAUGGAUGAAAAAAGGUAAAGUGUCUGAUUUUCUUGUAAUUAUGAGAUCCUGAUCUCGUAACUACGUAAAAAGAUCUUCUAAUUAUGAGAUAGGAUAAAGAAAAAGGAAAGGUCUGUGAAUCCCCUUUAGUGGCAAUGAUGGCACCAUUGCAGUGGUAAUCUGCUCGUACCCUCUCAGUUUAGGACACCAGGAAAUAUUAAAGUUUCUUAAAAACAAGGAUGGCAUAAUAUUAAUAUAGCAGUGACUCUACAGUAAUGUUUUUGUUGAAAUGUUUAAGUCUUCUGUGUUUUCUGACUGUCCGUGAAUGUGUAUGGCACAGGCAUGUAUGUGGUUGGAUUAGAGAGUCACAGGGCGAGGUGAGUGAGAGAGACAGGGGUGCAGUGCCUGUUUGUGUGUACGUAUGUGAGUGGGGAGCUGAGAGAUAGUGAGAGUGGUCAGAUAAAUUAGUUGUUUUGGUGUGGUUAAGUGUGACUCUUGUAAUAAAACAAAGUUUUUUUGGACCAACUCAUUCUUUCAUCAUCCUUUUCAAUAUGUCCGGUUGGACACCACAGUAUGUCAAUUUUUUAAUUUACUCAUUACACACAGUGAAUGCAAUGCACUUCUGUAUGAAUUUACCUUUUCAUUGAUGGGCAGUUAGUGGUUUUGAGUGAAGCAAUGGUCAAUGUGGCACCUUUCCUCAUCUCAAUUGAGGGAACUUUUCUCGUAAUUACAAGAAAAGACCUCAUUAUUUGCCAUUAUGUCAUGAGCAGAGACUGGUCAGGAGUGUUUAGGGGGUUGUAUGCAUUUUUAAAAACUCGUGAAACUGGUAAAAAUAUUUAUUUUAUAUUGUAUUUAAUUUCUAAUACCUACAUUUCUCUCAGGUAUGAUAACUCCAACUAGGAAAUUCCCUCUGGGAAAAUUUGAAAGGGCCACGGGGCCACUGCCGGUGUGUUUUCAUUAUGAUGAGAUUCUUUAGAGAUUUUAAAUAAUUAAUACUAGGAGCAUUGUGAUACAAUAUACAAGGAACACACUUACAACAAGCAUUACAAACAUUCCUUUUACAUGUCUUUAUUAUUAGUAAAAAAAUAAAUGAAAAAUGGACCCUGAGCAGUAGAUGUUUGAGAAACUCCUACAACCUACUAUUUCUUUUUUUGGCUUGUCCCAUUGACUUCAGUGCAAAAUUUUCUGCAGUUUCCAAUGACUUACAUCAUGAAAAAUUCAUAUACAACAGAGAAAAGUAAUAGCACACCAACUUUGAUCAAACCACUCAAUUUUUAAGUAUUAUUUGUCCUACAACUCUUCAAGCUGUAGGACUAGUAACAAAUAAAAAUUUGUCCGGAAGAGGAAAAAGAAAAAAUAUACAACAUAACAAUAGUGACCAAUAAGUCUGUCACAAGUUGGCAUUUACAUUCUGUUCUGUUCCAGUUGCUCCAGGAGAAUAUUUUCAGUUUUGUAAAGGAUGAGCUGAAGAGGAUCCAGAGAUUUCUGGGUCAAGAUUUCCCAGAAUGCUUAGAGAGCCAGUACAAGGAUGAGGAUCAGGAGCAGAGGAGGAGCAGAGAUGCAUUUCUGAAGAUCACUCUGCACUUCCUGAGGAAAAUGAAGCAGGAGGAGCUAGCUGACAGUCUGCAGAGCAGUAAGAUGAUCUGA